AAAUAAGCAAGGGGAGACUCACGCAAUCGUUCCUCUUCCUUCGUGUAAGGAAUGCCCUUUAAACGGCGAGUUUCGAGGUUUGCCAUCUCCCUCCCCCUUUCUCUCUCCUGACUAUAAAUAGGAGACUGGUCUAAGUCCCCAAAUUUUCGCCCCCUUCCAGAAAAUAUGAACUCGUUCAGGAGCUAGGGCAAAGUGGUUGAGAAUCUAUGCUGUUUAGCUUAUUGGGCGGUUUGGGUGUCGAUUAUUGGCUCUUACUGGAGUCUGAAGCGAAAUGGAAGCUUGUUUUGGCAUGGUGUUUCAAAUUUAGCUUCCUGCAACGUUUCGGUUUUGUGCAGGAGAAUUAUGUUAUCCUCCUACUAACCGUUGAAUAUCUGUGAGGCUUGGUAAAAAGCUAUGCGUUUGUCUUCAAUCCGGAAUAUUAAGUGUCAAAAUGCCUGGCUUACCAUUGGUAGUUCGUGAAACAACGAAUCUUGGGUGCAGUUGCAGUCAUCCUAGGACUGUAGAACAAAUGUGCCGUCAAGAUUCUAGGGUUCAUUUAUCCACAGAAGAGGCUGCAGCAGCUGAAGAAAGUCUUUCUGUUUACUGUAAACCUGUCGAGCUCUAUAAUAUUCUCCAACGUCGGGCUCUACGGCACCCAUCAUUUCUUCAACGCUGUUUGCAUUACAAGAUACAGGCAAAACACAAAAAAAGAAUACAAUUAACUAUUUCACUUCCGGCAUUUGUCCCUGAUGGAGUGGAACUGCAAAGCUUCUUUCCCCUCUUUGUACUCCUAGCUGCACCUGUUUCUGAUAUUACUGUGUCAGAGAAAUCUGUGAACUAUCGGAUCAUUCGGGCAUGUCCAAUUACUGCAUGCAGUGAAUUUGGAAGAAGAGAUCAGACAGAAGCUAGUUUUAUUCUUCCAGAGAUUAGGAAGCUAUCCAUUGAUGCUAAAUCUGGCAAUGUCGCAAUCUUAUUUGUUACUUUUGGGGAAUUGAGAAACCAAUCUGCAGAUGGCAGCAUUUCUUCUUUUGCAUUUCUUUCAUCUAAAUUUGGCAGCCUUUGUCACUGGGGAAAAUUACCUUUGGAUUUUCUCAGUUCUUCAUGGGAAGAAUCUGCAAGCUUACAUAUGGGGCACAGGACUGAAGUGCUGCAAAUGGUUGACUUGCAUCCCAGCAUUCUUGAGCACGGGAAUUCAGGUGUUGAGAAUUGUAUAAAAUUUCAGACUCGUGCCUCAUUGUCUAUGAAGAGUGCAAUGAAGCAAAUGCAAGUCAAUAUUUAUGCACAAGAACUUGGUGCAAGAGAGAGGUCUCCUUAUGAUUCCUACUCAUACCAUGAUGUUCCUGCUUCUUCCUUAUCUCACAUUGUUCGAUUAAGGACAGGAAAUGUCAUCUUCAACUACAGAUAUUACAACAACACAUUGCAGAAAACUGAAGUUACUGAGGACUUCUCCUGUCCAUUUUGCUUGGUGCAAUGUGCAAGCUUCAAGGGCCUGCGGCAUCACUUGACCUCAUGCCAUGAUCUAUUUAAUUUUGAAUUUUGGGUAACAGAAGAGUACCAGGCUGUUAAUGUUUCUGUCAAAACUGAUACAUGGCGAUCUGAGGUUGUCGCAGAUGGUAUUGAUCCACGUCUCCAGACAUUUUUCUAUUGCUCGAAAUCAGGUAGACGAAGGAGAAGCAAGGCCUUUGGCCAGAACGGCAGGUUUGUUCAACCACAGGUUUUGAAACUAGAGUCACCUGAUGAUGGCAGGGCAGAUACUUCUGAGGAUUGUGUGGAUAAGAAUGCAUGUACAAGUUCAUCUCCUAUGGCCAUUUCAACAUCUCCUAUCUUCUCUGCUCCUUCAAGGUUGUCAUCACGUGAAAGGUCCAAAAAUGAUGGUGAUUUUGGCAAGGUAGAUGAGGGGAAGAUGGUAGAAACAUCAUCAGAUGAAAAUCAUUUGGUUUUGAAAAGACAUAAAGCUGAGAACUCAGUGCUCAUUGAUGAUCGAUGCACUGCAGAGUGCAUACAACCUGCUGCAUCAAGCCCUAAUGCAGCUGGUGUUUGUGCUAUCACUGCACAGGAUUCUGGAAGUGCUGAAUGUGCUAUGCCUGGAUCUGGAAGCAAUCUUGCUCCACCAGCAAUGCUUCCAUUUGCAAAAACGCGAAAGUUAUCUGCUGAGAGAGCAGAUCCAAGAAACCGUGCACUUCUCCAAAAGCGGCAGUUUUUUCACUCUCAUCGAGCUCAGCCAAUGGCAUUGGAGCAAGUGUUGUCAGACCGUGACAGUGAAGACGAGGUUGAUGAUGACAUUGCUGAUUUUGAAGAUCGAAGGAUGCUUGAUGAUUUUGUGGAUGUGACCAAGGAUGAGAAGCAGAUUAUGCAUCUCUGGAAUUCCUUUGUGAGAAAACAAAGGGUUCUGGCAGAUGGUCAUAUUCCUUGGGCCUGCGAAGCUUUUUCAAAGCUGCAUGGUCGUGACCUUGUUCGUAUACCAGCACUGAUGUGGUGUUGGAGGUUAUUCAUGAUCAAGCUGUGGAACCACAGCCUCCUUGACGCCCGUACAAUGAACAAUUGUAAUUUAAUUCUUGAGAAAUUUCGAGAUGGGAAUUCAGAUGACCAGCAGAGCUAAUCAUUUUUUGUAGUUCUAUCCAUUCUUUGAGCAGCAUCACAAGAGGAUUAUGGGAUAGUUCAGGGUGGGCAGCUUAUAUUUCACAAUUGCUUUACUGUAUACAGACAACAAUCCAGGUGGCGGCCUCUUAAAUUAUUCUUUUAUUGACAUCAAAGGUACAGUUCGUGGGGCCUUGGUAGCUGGUUUCCCCUUUUGGUCACAUAUAUAGCAUUUCCACAAAAUGCUAUUUUACAACAAUUUGUAUAUGCUUCUAAACAGUACUUUUAUAUGGAAAAUGGUGCCAGGGCGUUUUACCCCUGGCCGCAGUAAUUACUUUUCUUUAA